AUGAUCCCUGGAAUGCCCGUCGAGUCGUUUUUUUGGCCCGGUGGCAAACUGACGCAGGAUCACGGAGUUGUAAUCUAUGACGUUAACCACCUUAAGGUCCGGGAAGGACCGUUGGAUGCGGCCAUCAUAGCAGCGAAGCUGCUCUCUGAAAAGAGGAAAAAACCGUUAGAUUUCGGACAAUUUGACUUUAUUACCGACGCUGUUAAUCUGCAAAAACUCUUCGCAUUUUGCCAGCCGGCUCUGGAAGCAACCUUAGUUGUCCAUACAAUCAAUUAUUGA